UAGAUUGUCAUUAUAGAGACACCUACUGGAUGAAUGUGGCAACUCCUCGCUUGUGGCGGAGAAAGGGGCUCGUUUUCAGGCCUUGUGGGCGGGUAUUGAGUGGUCAUUGACAUUGGCAGAACAUUUCCCUUACGCGCCACUGUGUUCCUGAGAGUGUGAAGGGACACAAAGAUCAGCACGGGGAAAUGUCGAGAGUUUAUAUUGGAAGAUUGAGCUAUCGAGCAAGGGAAAAGGACGUCGAGAAGUUCUUCAAGGGCUAUGGGAAGAUACUUGAAGUUGACCUGAAAAACGGGUAUGGGUUUGUUGAAUUUGAUGACCCCCGCGAUGCAGAUGAUGCUGUGUAUGACCUGAAUGGGAAAGACCUGUGUGGGGAGAGGGUUAUUGUGGAACACACAAAGGGGCCGCGGCGGGACGGCAGCUACGGCUCAGGAGGAGGAGGAGGAGGAGGAGGAGGCGGAGGAGGUGGAAGAAGCGGGGGCGGGUACGGGCGUGGUGGCAGAGACCGAUAUGGCCCACCAGCAAGGACAGAUUAUCGGCUGAUCGUUGAGAACCUGUCCAGCCGCUGCAGCUGGCAAGACCUGAAGGACUACAUGAGGCAGGCGGGUGAGGUGACGUAUGCUGACACCAAUAAGGGACGCAGGAACGAGGGAGUGAUAGAGUUCAGGCUAUACUCUGACAUGAAGAGAGCCCUGGAGAAGCUGGACGGCACAGAGGUGAACGGCAGGAAGAUCCGUCUGAUUGAGGACCGCCCCGGGGCCAAGCGCAGCAAGCGCUCCUACUCUCGCAGUCGCAGCCGCUCCCGGUCUCGCUCCAGGAGCCGUAGGUCCCGUAAGAGCCGCAGCCGCAGUGAGAGCAGCAGUCGCUCCCGCUCCAGGGGUGCUGCCUCCCGCUCCCGUAGCCGCUCCCACAGCAAGAAGGACAAGACCAAGGGCAGCAGAGAGGAGGAGCGCACCAACGGUGCCCACAAGGCCAAGGAGGGGCGCGGGGGCCGGGACGAGGGCCGCAGCAAGAGCCGCAGCAGGAGCCGCAGCAAGAGCAAAAAGAGCAGCAAGAAAGAAGGGAAGAAGAGCAGGAAGGAUGAGUCUAGAUCCAGGUCCCGCUCCAGAUCAGCAGCUAAGGAUCGCUCCCGCAAGUCUGGCUCUAAGAGCCGCGAGCCAGCCAAGAGCGACGACGAGGGAGGUGUAGCCGAGAAGGGGGCCUCCCGCUCUCGCUCCCACACCCCUGCCGAAUCCAAACCCAAGUCAAAGUCCAAAUCUCCAUCUCCCUCCCCGGCCAAAGCCCGCUCCCGUUCCCCCUCCGUCUCUCGCUCAGAGUCCCGCUCCAAAUCUCGCUCCGCGUCUCGUUCUCGCUCCCGCUCUCUAUCAGAGUCCUGAGCUGGGAUAGUAACCCAGCAGUCGUGUGCCCCCCCGUUUGUUCUCGUCCCCUAUCCCCCAACCCUGCGUCUGUCCCUUUUUGUUUUUUGAUAAAUAGUUGUAGGGAGAAAAAAAAAACAGGCUCCUCAUGCUCAGUGUCUUUCACUCACACUUCCCCAUUUUCUUUUAAAUAUACUGUGUUUUGUUGGUCAUUCUGCUUCUUUUUCCAGUAGUCUCUUAAUCAAGGUGUUUUGUAAAAUAUUAAAUGUGUGAAGUAAGUUGGAGGGUAUUUGCUUGGAUAGAUUUUUCUAAGUUGAAAUGGAAAUGUGCUGUAGUAAGUGUCUUAAACUUUGUAUCAAUACUAGCAUACUGUGCUGUCAAUGUUGUGCAGGGUGGUAGCUGUUGUAUUCCAUUGUUGCAUCUUUUCACUUGUUGGGAUAUCCUUUUACCAGUUACUUAAAAAAUAAUAAAAAAACGCCUGAUCUGGAA